UAAAAAGCUCAGAACUUUGGUACAAAUAAUAAAAAUUGCGAUCUUUUAACACAGCCCAAAUACCAGUUAUUUGGGCUACUUCAAAAAACCCAUGCACUCAUCAUAUUUCCAAUGAACUUCCAACUUUUCCACUCGCAUAAAAGAGAACAAUAAAAGAAAAACACCAAAAGAAAGAAAGCAGAAAAGCAGCCAACAACACUUUCGCGCACUACCACCACAAAGUGGGGUUAGAAAAAUAAAUCGCAAAAAAGAAAACCAAAAACGAAAAAAAGAGACGUCGUCGUCGUCGUCGAGAAAAAGGAAGAAAAUUAUAAAAAAAAAAAGAAAAAAAUUAGAUUUCAAUUGUCAAAGGGUUCCUUCCUCCAUAUAUCCAAAUUUCAAAUCCAUUGUUCCAAUCCCGUGAAAUUCUCUUUGCUGAUUUUACGUCGGACGUCGUCGUCGUUCUCGUUCUCGUUCACUUUACAACAAUUUUAUUUGCCUUUUUUGUGUGCAAAAGCGUGAAACUUAACUUUUAUUUUGUGGUUGGUAUUUUGUAUAAAAUUGUUGAAGGCCAGCAAAAGGAUAAAAGGAAAAACUUCGACGAAUAAUAUCGAAUUGAAAAUUCCCUUCACUAACUUCAACUUCAAAGGGGCAGCACCACCACCAUCCGAAGAACGAAGAAACUUCUUGGAAAAAAUUAUGUCAGCACCACCCUCGAAGCAAUUGUCAGCCAACGCUCCGGAGUUUAUACCACGAGGAUAUACGCUCAAUAUUAUACAUAACAUUACAAAUAAUCUAACUCCUCCUCAGCCAGGUAACUUUCCGCAGCAGCAGCAGCAGCCCCAACAACAGCAGCACCAUCCCCCACAACAACAACACCACCACCAUCAUCAGCAGCAGCCUCACCAUCAUCACCACCAGCAGCACCAUCACCACAACCAUGGCCAGGCGGCUGCAAUGAGAGAUUUACCUCAUCAAAUGAAUUCCAUGAGACUGAGCAACAAUGCGGCUCCUUCUGUGCAAGAACGUCUGCAGGUGAAUCGUGGACCCCAACAGCAGCACUACCAGCAACCCCAUCCUCAGCCUCAUCACUACAACAACAUGCACAACCAGCAGUUCCCUGGACGUGGAAGCGGUGGUGGCGGCGGCGGCGGCGGUGGCGGUGGUGGCUAUAAGAACCAUCAACAGCAGCAUUACAACAACUCGCAGCAGCAGCAUCGUUAUGCCAAUGGUGGAGGAGGGGGAGGCCAGCACCCGCAGCAGCGUCAUUCUAGUCAGCACUCUAGCAACUCAAAUGCCAACGCCGCCAACAGCGCCAACGUGAACAACCAACAACAGCCGCAGCAGCCACAAAACUCGACGCCAGCAAGCACAGAUCCCAACCAGCAGACCGAGGAGGAGACCUUUGCCGUCAACUACGUCGAAUCUCUGAUCAACUGCCUCAAUGAGAACCCCGGCUCUUUUGACUCAAUCACCGCCAGUGCUCUGACCGUCUUCGAAGGUUUCGGCGCCAACGAGUACAUCCUCAGCAAUGCCAUGGAGAUGAUCUUCAACCGUUCUAUCGAGGAGCAGAACUUCCGCUACAUGGGAGCCAAGCUGUACGGCCUGCUCGAUCUGAUUGAUCUCAGGGAGGACAGUUCCUUCCGGGUGCUGCUCAACUUGAAGCUGGAAUACCAUCGCAACGAGAUACUUAAGUACAUGCAGAACGAACAAUCCAAGGUCCGUGGAACAACCUUAUUCCUCGCCGAACUGUACAUGCAACUGCGCAAUGAUGGCAACCGCAUCAAGGACAUCGCACAAAACAUCGUGUUCUCCAUCAACCAGCUCUUGCGGAAGACCACACCCGAGAACAUGAAAUGCAUUUGUUUGACCCUCAAACUGGCCGGCUACGAUUUGGAGUUCGAUUGCCAGGCAGACAUGAAAGGCAUCAUGCAAAAGCUGACCUCAGUCAACGCCUUGGACGUCAGUACCAGUCGCAUUCUCGAAAACGUGCUCAAUCUACAGAAGAACAAGUGGGGCAGGAUGUCAGAACCGCCAGCAGCCGUCAUUCAGCCAUUCAACAAUGCCAAUAGUGUUCGCUUGAGCGACGACCCAGUGUUCUACGGUCCCGAUGGCCAGAUCCUCACCGAGGAGGAGAGCAACUUCCUGGUAGCCAAUCUCGCUUCCAACGAGGGAAUCGAAGGAUCCGACUCCGACCUCGAAGUCGACCCCGAAAUGGAUGCCGAAACGAGGAAAGCCUAUAAGGCCUUCUUAAAGCAGCAGGAUCUACAGCACCAUUUGUAGGAAUAUCCAGUCGUAGUUGUUUAUUCUUUCCCUCGCGCGCAGCAAUGUUGAAACCGUACAUUUAUAUACUAUACAUAUACAUUAUAUAUAUUUUUUUUAUUAUAUUUUUCUUUCUUUUUUGGAUUUCCUCCGACUUAUUUUUAUUACACAAAUACCUACUAUCUUAUUAUUGAUGAUCUUUAAUUAUAUUAAAAUGGCUAAGCUUAAACAAACAAACGAAAAAUUGUAAUUGUAUGUUCAACUCUCUGAUCCUGAUUUUUUUUUAAAUAUUUUUCUUUCUUAUUUCUUAAGUGUUACGAUUCUCGAAAAAAAAAAGAUAAAAAACCUCAUCUCCUAUCCUUGAACAUUUAAUUAAACAGAAUGAUUAUAAACAAAGUUAAAAAACAAAAACAAAAUAUCACAAACUUAAAUUUCUUUUAACAAGAAGAUUAAAGUAAAAACCAUAGAAGUUUCUCCCAAUUUACCAUUAGAAUUAAAAAAAUAUAUAUUCAAAAUGAAA